AUGCUCACCUACCGCCAGCUGCACGCCAAGAAGAUCGGACCCCAGCAUCCCCUGCGCGUCAUUGCCCAUUGCGAUGUGGACGCAGCCUAUGCGCAAUUCGAGCAAGUCAGGCUGAACAUACCGCCCGAGAAGCCAUUGGCCGUCCAACAGUGGCGCGGACUGAUCGCGGUCAACUACCCCGCACGCAAAUUCGGAAUCACCCGCCAUCUGGCCUUCGACGAGGCCAAGAAACUGUGCCCCCACCUCAUCUGCGUCCAUGUGGCUACCUAUGCCCAAGGGGCCUCGGAAACGGAGGCCAAAUACCACGAGAACCCCAAGCCCGAGACCCACAAAGUCUCCCUGGAUCCGUACCGCAGAGAAUCGGUGAAGAUCCUCAAGAUAUUCGCCGAGAGCUGUCCGACGAUCGAGAAAGCGUCGAUCGACGAGGCCUUCCUGGACUUCUCCAUCCCCGUGCGAGACAUCCUGUGCACACGAUACGCGUUCCCGACUCUGGAAGCCUUGCAAGACCCGUCGUCGGAGGUCAGCCUGGACGAUCCGCUGCCCGCGCCCCCGCCGCUCGACCUGCAAGACCUCCUCAACGCCUCGCCCAGUAAUAAUCAUGUCCUCCCAAUCGACCCCGACCCGGAGCUUCCUCAGACGGCCGCCUCCUGGACAGACAUCGCGCUCCUCAUCGGCGCAGAACUGAUGGCCCGCUGUCGCCACCAAGUCUUCGACCAAUUAGGAUACACGUGUUCCGCAGGCAUCGCAUCCAACAAGAUGCUAGCCAAGCUAUGCUCGGCAUACAAGAAGCCGGAUGCGCAGACGGUCCUUCGUCCGGGCGCGGUGCGGGCCUUCCUGCGGCCGAUGGAGGUGUCGAAGGUGCGGUUCCUGGGAGGAAAGCUGGGCCAAGCGGUGGCCGAUCUAAUCGUCUCCUCGUCCACCACCUCGGCCGACGGGUCGUCGAAAGAGUGUCUGUUGAGCGAGGCGUGGACGAUCCCCCUGGCCCAGCUCCAGUCCGCACUCGGCGAGGACACCGGGAUGUGGGUCUGGGAAACCGUCCGCGGAGUCGACCGGACCGAGGUGGAACCCAAAACGCACGUCAAGAGCAUGAUGUCCUCCAAGAACUUCCGCCCGUCUAUCUCCUCUUGGAACCAAGGACUCCAUUGGCUGCGAAUCUUAGCCCGGGACCUGUUUGCGCGGCUGAACGAAGCGCGAGAAGCGACGCCGGGGAUCUGGCCAAAGACGAUCGUGAUGCACAAGCGAGACGGGAUGCAGAACUCGAUGGCCAAGCAGAUCGCCUUCCCGUUCACGGCCCAGCUGACGGACGAGUACAUCUUCGUGCUGGGCCAGAAGCUGCUGCAAGAGCUUUCCGUCCGGCUGUCCGACCAGACCUUCCAGCUCGGCACGGUGACCAGCCUGGCGCUAGCUUUCCAGACCCUUGAACGGGUCGAGGCUGGCCAGCGGGGCAUCCAGGGCUUCUUCGCGCCCCAGAAGCCCGCCCCUGUCGGGCCUUCGACGCCCGCGGCCGACCCGUGCCCACGAACCCGGCCGAAAUCGCCCUCGCAGCGCCCGGCUAUCAUCCGCUCCCGGUCCUCAGCAUCCUUGGCCGACCCGAAGCCAGGCUCGCCGGGCAACAAGAAGCCCAAGAAGGGCACCUUGGACGGCUACAUCGGGCCCCUCGCGCGGCCCCCGCCUCGCGCCCCCACGCCGCCGAAAGCCUCGCCUCCCAGGAAGCCGAAGAAGGGCACCUUGGACGGCUACAUCGGCCCCCUGGCGCGCGUCUCCCCGGCGAACAAAGCCGCUGCCCCCCCGGCACGCGCGUCUCGGCUCACAUUCAGGCUGCGGUUCGAGCGGCUCAAGAACGUCCAUCUCGACCACCACUUCGCCCAGGACUUGGCCGCCCAAGACCGCCCCGCGCCCCCCGCAACCAUCCCUGGCCAAUCCUCCUCGUCUUCCUCCCUCAAAGACCGCCCCAGAAAACCCUCGCCAAAGACUGUCGCCGUCGAGGCCAGUCGCACAGCUCGCGAGCGCGGGAUCAUGGACUUCUUUAAGCCGUUUUAA